AUGUUCGCUGCUGCUGCUCCCCCCAAGUCUCAUCUCGGCCGCUACCGUCUUCUUGCGCCAUCGGCCGGUGUGAAGGUGAGCCCGCUGUGCUUGGGUGCGAUGAACUUUGGUGAGAGCUGGAAGGAAAGACUCGGUGAAUGCGACAAGGAGACCUCCUUCAAGAUCCUCGAUACCUUCUACGAGAAUGGAGGCAACUUCAUCGACACAGCCAAUAACUACCAAAGCGGAGAAUCCGAACAGUGGCUCGGCGAGUGGAUGAAAGCUCGAGGCAUCCGUGAUGAGAUCGUCCUGGCGACCAAGUAUACGUCGCCCUUUCGAACAUACACCAAGAAGGGAAUCCAGGCAAACUACAUCGGCAACAAUGCAAAGAGUCUCAGGACCUCCGUUGAGGCAAGCUUGAAGAACUUGCAAACAGACUAUAUCGACCUGCUUUACGUCCACUGGUGGGAUUUUAGUACCUCCAUCGAGGAGGUCAUGACAUCCCUCAACCAACUCGUGGUCUCGGGCAAGGUCAUCUACCUCGGAAUCAGCGACACACCCGCCUGGAUCGUCAGUCGUGCAAACCAAUACGCCCGCGACCACAGUCUUCGCCCGUUCAGCGUCUACCAAGGCCAAUGGAACGCCGCGCGCCGCGACUUCGAGCGCGAAAUUAUCCCCAUGUGCGCCGCAGAAGGCAUGGGCCUAGCGCCCUGGGCCGCUCUUGGCGGCGGCGCCUUCAGAACCGCCGCGCAGCGCGAAGAGCUCGCGAAAUCAGGAAACCCUGGUCGACAGGUCGAGCCGCGCGACAUCGACGUUGCAGUCUCGAACGUGCUUGAGAAGGUGGCUGCCCGGCACAACACCGUCAUCACGAGCAUUGCGCUCGCAUACGUCAUGCACAAGGCGCCUUAUGUAUACCCCAUUGUUGGAGGUCGCAAGGCCGAGCAUUUGUUGGGGAAUAUUGAGGCGUUGAAGAUUCAGCUUAGUGAGAAGGAUAUUGAGGAGAUUGAGGGUGCUUAUGAGUUUGAUAUUGGGUUCCCAAUGGGAUUCCUGUUCCGUGGUGAGAAUAAGGAGGCUCACCCUACUAAUUCGAUAUUUAUGAAUUCGGCGGCCAGGUUUGAUUAUCCUGAUUUGGUGCGGCCUGUUAAGGUUAAGGGUCUGGAGGAGGUUUGA